AUGGCUACCUCUUCAGAUAGCUCAAAGCGCGCGCCGGGUCGCUCGACUACUUUCCCCGUCUUCCAUUCCGUUGCUGAGCGUGAAGCUGCACUUGCCGCGGCAGCCGAGCGUCCUCAUCCAGCAACUGCUUUCCCCGAACCCGAAGCGAACCAACACAUCCCCUCUUUUCCCGAGCCUGAAUACGCUGCUUCUCCCUCGUUCCCUGAGCCUUCCCCGGCCAAGCCAGAACAGGGCGCUUGGACAGCCGAGCCGGAAGCAGAGGACGAGGUGUCUGUAUCUGAUCUUCCCAACCCACAUUCGCAUGGGAGUUCGGACUACUAUGAAUACGAUGCCGAGGACGAGAAGAGUGCGCCCGGUGGACUGGGCAUGUCGCGUAGACGAGCGACGGCGCCGACUGCUGCUGCCCCCUCUGGCAGUCGCCCCAGCGGCUCGAGCCGCCCCGGGCGCGGACAGACGAUGCCUCCUGAGCGUCGAUACUUGCCCCCUGGCGCAGCGCCUCCCUUCCAGCGGCAGGGGGACAACACCCCAUUAUCCGAGGAGCUAGAGCCGAUGCCGUCUAUGCACUCACCGACAUCAACGGUGAACACAGGCGAAAUACCUGGACCAUCUCCUUCGUCAAUGCCGGAACCGUCAUCGUACAUGCCCAUCUCCUCGGAUUCCAGUUCGGCGCCGCCCAUGCCCACUCCUUCUACCGCGCCGUAUCAUCCUUCAAUGCCGCAACCAUACGGCGGCGAGCACACUCGUACACCGUCCGGUAUGCAGAUGCCGCAGGCCGGAGAAUACACGCCUUGGUCUCCAAACACUUAUCCCGAGCCUCACACGCCUGUCCGAAUGCCUGCCCCGUUAUCAACACCUGGCCCUCCGCCGCCUGAGAAGACAUCUCCGACGAGCGAACGUAUCGCUCGUCCCUCGGCUCGCUCUCGUACAGGUUCUGUACCUCGGAUGCCGCGGGGGCCUACACCUCCGCCAUCAGAACCAACACCUUCCGUCUCCUCUCGCCCCCAACCUGAGUCCUCGUACUCGCGCACUUCGUAUGAUCGUGAACGCAGACCCUCUACUGGCCGGCAGGGGACUGGGCCACGGAUGCCUCGCGGUCCAACCCCGCCACCCACGGAGCCAGCGCCCUCCGUAGCGCCACUGGCUAUACGGAAACACCCCGAUAACAACUAUCCACGUAGUUCACAUGAUCGGGAGCGCGUACCGCCUGCGACACGACCAGGCGCAGGUCCUGGUCCGCGCAUGCCCCAAGCACCAACACCACCUCCCUCGGAGCCGAUACCGUCCGUCGCCUCACGACCGCAACCAGAAUCCACAUACCCGCAAACAGCAUAUGAUCGGAUGCCCACCGCCACACGGCAUAGCAGCGAUCGUGAACGGGUAUCAUCAGGAGCCCGGCGUAGUAGCGAACGCGAACGCGUAUCUUCAGCUGGACGACCCAGUAGUGAACGGCCUCUCUCGCCGUAUGCACCCACUAUACCGACCAUCCCGACUGUUGGUUCGACCAUCGGGCCGCUGGAGACUUCGGAGGCUUCGCCUGCACGGUUGAGUGACGCGCCUUCCGGCCCAGCCAGUCCUCCAACAUCAGCGCCCUCGCCGACACCGGCCAAACCUCUACCGAGUACAGCAGCAUCUUCCGGUCGUCCGACUGGUGCCACACAUGCUCGUCCGACUGGGACUGCACAAGCGCGUCCCACCAAUACCUCUCCACCUACGCUACCGCCUAUCACGCAUACUGCUGCGUCAGACCCGCCUAGACCUUCGGCUUCAUCGCGGCCCACCAACGCUUCUUCGACUUCAGAUACGCACCUCAAACCUGAAGCAAAGCCGAAGCCCACGACGCAAGCAAAUCACGAUGUCGAGGCUGGUCCUUCACGCCCUGGCCCUCAUCCUCUACCAGAAGGCUCAAACUUUGGUACCGAGUACACGCACAUGCUCCUUGCACUCGACAAAGUUCCUUUCUUGCACAACACUGCCGCCUCAGCAGCAUGCUGGCUUCUUCUCGCCGGCUUCGUCGUUCUCCCGGGUACAUUCAGCACUCUUUCCACGCUCGACACCACGGACGGUACAUUAGAAGCAUCCGUGAUCCAUGCCGUGCAGAACAUCCCCCUCUUCGUCAUAGCUUACAUCCUGUGCGGGGUUGGCGCGGGAGGCAUGAUAUACCUUUGGUGGCGCUGGCGUGCGAAUUAUAUUUGGUUGCUGAACAAGAUCUUCACCCCUGGGGCGCUGAAUGGUCUCGCUGGUGUCAUCAGUACUAUUGCGAGCGUCUUCGGAAGUCAGAACUCGGUCUUCAACGCCAGUUCCAUCACGACAUUGGCCGUCACUGGCGCGGUUACCGUGAUAUGUGGAGCCCUCACGCUGUUUUAUACGUUCGUCCUUCUACAGGGUGUGAAACGGAGGCACGAGAAGGCGGUCGGGAAGGAGGGUACUGGUAGACAUGGCGAGGGCAUGUUGAAGGCGGCGAAAGAGGUUAUGAGAUCGUGA